AAGUUGGUAGCGUACCAGAGGGAGUUCCAUGCCCUGAAAGAGCGCCUCCGUGUGGCUGAGCACCGGACCCUGCAACGAUCCUCAGAGCUCAACAACAUCCUGGAGCAGUUCAGACGGGCCAUUGCAGAGACCAACGGCAGCAAGGAUGCUCUCACUAACUUCUCAGGUACAGACACACACACCCAUCCAUCCAUCCAGGAUGGAUCUACACACACCGACACACACACACCCAGGAUGGAUCUACAUUCACCAGCUUCUCAGGUCACUGAUCACAAUAUAUAUAAUAAUAAUAUAAUAUGCCAUUUAGCAGACGCUUUUAUCCAAAGCGACUUACAGUCAUGCAUGCAUACAUUUUUCUUUUUGUGUAUGGGUGGUCCCGGGGAUCGAACCCACUACCUUGGCGUUACAAGCGCCAUGCUCUACCAGCUGAGCUACAGAGAACCACACAUAAAGACCCAUUCAAGCUGAAUCCCCCCUUUCUUUUAAUGGGGAACUCGGCAAGGGUUGUGUAUUCUGCCAUUAAUGGAGAAUAAUAGACUGGAUGGUUCAGCUCUCCUCUUAUCUAAUAGUACCUAUCCCUCAGGCUAUAGACCAUCUCCAUCCUAAACAGGCCUUUAGUAAUGCUAGACUUGAAGUAGAAUGAACAUAAUGCUCUAAUCUAAAAAGUUCAUCCACCACGCAGAGGAGGUGAUUACAACAAGAAAUCACUCCAAAGAGAAGCCAUGUGGAUAUACAUGUAUAAAUUAAAUUCUGUAUCUCCACACGGUUUAAAUGAAGAACUAGAUUUCAUCUCCUUCCUAUAGGCCACCUUUAAACUGUUAUACAAGAACACUGUCCAUAUCAGAUUUUGCAUAUCGUUUACGAGUCAGUCCAACAUAUUUAUGAACGACUGAGGCUGAUGUUCUUUGUGGUAAGCCAUCUCAUGAAUUUAUAUAAUGUAUCCAAGUGAGCAGACACCUAAGUCAAUUGAUUCAUGAAUUGCCCUUCGUGUCCGCUCUCAUACCCUAUAAUUCUGUAUUUCUUUGUGACAAAAGCCACAUCCCUGAUUGGCAAUCCUGAUUAGAAGCACCUGCUACUCAUCAGUUGUUCUUUCCAAGUGCUGUUUUGAAUUAAAAUAAAAUGUUACCUACACACUGAAGAAGGCCGCAAAGCCGAAACAUCUGUGUACGCUAUCCCUGAUGCAGUGAAACAUCUGUGUACGCUAUCCCUGAUGCAGUGAAACAUCUGUGUACGCUAUCCCUGAUGCAGUGAAACAUCUGUGUACGCUAUCCCUGAUGCAGUGAAACAUCUGUGUACGCUAUCCCUGAUGCAGUGAAACAUCUGUGUACGCUAUCCCUGAUGCAGUGAAACAUCUGUGUACGCUAUCCCUGAUGCAGUGAAACAUCUGUGUACGCUAUCCCUGAUGCAGUGAAACAUCUGUGUACGCUAUCCCUGAUGCAGUGAAAAUAAUAAUAAUAAAAAAUAAAAAAAUACGCUUUAUGCAACAUCUUUUUGAGUGCGGACCCAUUACCCCUUUUUAUUUGUCUGAAUUCACGGGUUUAACGCAACAGCCAAGCUUCUGGGAGAGCGCCAUGGUCCCCUUUUGAUUAGUUCUCAACCAUUCUACCAGUUGUAACUCUAUGAUUCCUUCCUGUAUCUCUGUCAGAUGAGACCCAGAAGCUGCUGAAGGAGCUGGCAAGUAGGAAGCCUCUC